AUGUGUGGCCGGGGAAGCUCGCCCACCGCCUCCGGUCUCAUCUUCAUAUCACCAGAUGCGCCCGCGUCCACGGGAUCUACAUCCAUGGCUGCAACACAUGGCCAGUUAUGGCCUCACCUGCAAUCUAAUGAGGUGACACUACUCAACUAUGCUACAGAUGACCCACGCGAUGUCAUUACCUUGGGGCACAAACAGGAAUUAGUGCUUCAGCUCUAUCACCAAGUCCAGGAACAACAGCUAGAGAAAGCAUUACUUGAACAAAACCUGGAACCAGUCUCGGGCGAAGAUGUUGAGGAACAGCUUGCGGUCGCAGAACGCGAGCUUCUAGAAGCGCGAUCUACCUACACGGUCAAGGAGAAAGCCAUUCGCACGGUCCUCAUGACAGGGCCUAUUCUCAAAGCCGUUCACCUCAAGGCUGCUACCCCGGCGGAGAGGGCCCUUCUUUCUCUGGUGAACCGACGCGACGUGCUCGCGCUUGCGCAUGAGAAUCUUGCUGCUGCCCAUGACUUGGUGCUGAAGCAAAUCUCAGACUUGGAAGUAAAGAACCUUCAGAUCAAUAGUGAAAAUCAGGAGCUAGUGCGCCAACUCCUGGAGCUCACUAAAGAAGAUUCAUCAUGGCGAGAGAAGCUCGAAGACUCCGAGCUAUUAUCACAACUAGAUGAGUCGGAAACAGAUCUGAAGGCGCGUAAAGCUCAAUGGGAGACUAUGAAGUCCAUUGCCAGUGCCAUAGUUGUGGGCAGUGGACUAAACUGGGCCGAUGACGACAUGCUUCGCGCGUUGGUGCUGGAUGAAAGUGAUGACUGA